UAUAUAUUAAGUUUAAAUAGGUAUAGAAGGGAAGGAAGAUAAUUCAAUGGUAUCAUCACUAAUAGAUUUACCACCCGAAUUACUUAUUCAAGUAUUUCAGAGUCUAAGUCCUCAAGAUUUGGAAGAUGUUAUCAAUGUCAUGAUAGAUUUGAUCGGGUCGGAUGAUGAUAAGAUAAUAGAUUUAAUGUAUGUUGCACUAUUUUCAUCUAGAUUAUCUUUAACGAAUUAUAAUUCUCGAGAUAAGAUAACUAUUGUAGAUCGACAAGUUAUCAUAAAGGAUUUUGAAUUAAUUCUUCUGCUUCAAAGACGAAGAAGUGCUAUAUUUCAAAGAUGUAUUCCCCAGAAUAUUACAGUGCGAUUCACUCGUAAAUCUGAUGAUUAUCAUACAUUUAUACAAGAUUUACAACAAUUACAUGGAUUAUUCAAAAGGAAAAAGAAAGGAACUAUAGAAUUAGCUAAUAUAGAUCCAUUAGUUAUAUACUUUGAGAAUAAUUUCCAAAAAUUUGAUGUAGUAAUUGAUUGUAAUUUACAAUGGGUAGAAAAUCCUACUUCAAUAUCAUCAAGUGUUAUUCAAAUAUUACUUGAUAUGGCAUCUAACCCAUAUUUAAAUAAAAAAUUAAUAAAUUUAACUAUUAAGGCAAGUGAUAUAGGAUCAUUUUAUUUUGAUUUAUGGAGUAGAUUAUUAAUAAGUUUUGAAAAUUUAAUAUAUUUAGAUUUAUCAAAUAAUGUAUUACAAAAUGUUCAUGAUGAUAUUGAAGAUAUUUUAUCAAUGUCUUUUAAAUUUCCUCCUAAUUUAAAGAUAUUAAAUAUGAGUCAAAAUUUAAUAACUAAAAUUACUAAUGGAUUUAUAAUAAAUUUACCUUCAUCAUUAGAAGUUUUAAAAUUAAAUGAUAAUAUUAUUGUAAUUUUAGCUAAUGAUUUAAAUUUAUCAAUUCAUUUACCUAAAUUAAUUAAUUUACAAUUAAAUAAUAAUCCUCAUUUGGAUUAUAUUCAAGAAACGACAUUUAAUGACAUAAAGGAUAAGGAUUUCAGGUUAGAACUAAGAGGAAAUAAUAUUAAUGAUGAUGAUAUGAACAAAUUAAAGGCAUUAGCUAAGGUUAAUAGAUUUACUUUGGUGAUAUAAAGCCGCAUAUAUAUAAUAUGGUAUAUAGUAUAGCUAAUACCGAGUUUAAUUUUUGUGCCCGGCAUAUAAUUGUCAAUACUUCGAAAUCGAAGUUUGUAAUUUUUGUUGACCUAAUGUAAGC